UGAACACCUUGUACAGUCAAAUGGGAAUUUUAGCGUAGUGAGAGAGUAUUAAACUACGGGAAACUAGUUUUCUCUUGAAACUCCAAAUCGCAUUGUCGCAGUGAGCUACAUCUCCUUCCUCAUCUUAAAACCCUCCAACAAAAGCAGCAUCUUGAAGUUUUAGCUGUAUCUCUAGUCGGCGGCGCCUCAGCCAACCACCUCUCCUUCCCUGCUCCUCCUAUUCUUGGGCGGGCGCCCCUCCUGUCCUGGCUCAGGGACGGGCCUGUUGGCAGCAUAAGUUUACCUGGAAAAAAAGGGGAUUGAUUUGUUUGAUAAAUACUCAGUUCACCUGGCAAAAGGGGAUUGAUUUGUUUGAUAAUUACUCAGUUCACCUGGCAAAAGGGGAUUGAUUUGUUUGAUAAUUACUCAGUUCACGGGGAUUUUUUUUUUUUUGAUAAUUACUCGACCGUCUCCAUGGGGGAUAUACAAUUAUCAGGAAAGCCAAUUGAAUCUCUCUUUGAGAAGGUCCUGUGUAUGAACAUUCUUUCUUCGGAUUAUUUCCGAGAUCUUUAUCGUUUGAAGACUUACCAUGAGGUGAUCGAUGAGAUAUACAAUCAAGUUGAUCACGUUGAGCCAUGGAUGACCGGAAACUGCCGGGGACCUUCUACGGCCUUUUGCCUGUUGUACAAGUUUUUCACCAUGAAGCUAACUGUCAAGCAAAUGCAUGGGCUACUGAAGCAUCCUGAUUCUCCUUACAUACGAGCUGUUGGUUUCCUAUACCUUAGGUAUGCUGCAGAUCCAAAAACAUUGUGGAGUUGGUUUGAACCAUAUAUUCAAGAUGAUGAGGAAUUUUCUCCAGGAUCUAGUGGUAGGAUGACCACAAUGGGUGUGUAUGUGCGGGACUUACUUCUUGGACAGUAUUACUUUGACACCCUUUUCCCCCGUGUACCUGUACCUGUAGUGCGGCAGAUUGUUUCCAACCUUGAAAAGAUGAAUCUCCCAUCGAAGUCAUCAGGGUCAAUAGGAGAGAACAGUCGACUUGGAUCAGAAGAUACUGCACGUCGCCCUCCUUCUGUUAAGGCUGCUCUUUCUGUUUCUUUUGGACAACGUGCUCCGCAUCGGGCAUCAACUAGAGACUCCUCUCCUGUUCGUCGUGCUGUACCUACACCUCCUCAUGACCGAGGUGGUAGAGAUGAUUCUCGGAGGUCUCCGAGCAGGCAUCGUAGUCAGAGCCGUGACAGAGAUUAUUCUGACAGGGAUGUUGGUAAAGGGAGGAACCAUGAUCAGGAUCGAGAUCGCUACCGGGACAGGGACAGAGAAAGAAGUCGUGAUUAUGAAAGAGACAGAGACCGCAGGCGUGAUUAUGAUGGAAGCAGAUAUUGUGAAAGGGAGGGAAUCAGAAGGGGAAAUAGAGACAAUUAUAAUGAUGACCGCUCUCGUAGGAGCAGGAGCAGGAGCAGGAGCAGGAGCAGGAGCAGAAGUCGAAGGUCUCCAUCUCCUGGUCGUAGUGAACGCUUAGAUCAUUAUUCAAGCACUCACAAUGAUAAAAGCAAAGAAAAAGAGAGAGCUACAGCAUCAACCAAUCUGGCUAAGCUUAAGGAUCUAUAUGGUGACUUAGGUAACCAGAAAGGUGAUGCAAGCAUGGAAAGAGCCUACACCAAGGAUAGCGGUGCUGAAGAAGUUAUUAGAUUAGGGGGUGCUAGAUGGAAGUGAUGUGCAAUUUACUAUGCCAAUUCAGUUGACAAACACUCUCUCUCUUUGCUAAUUCAGUUGUCUAGGACCAGAUAAACAUCCAGAUUUUUCUCUCUUCUAACAAUUGUGAUGCCAUUCUCUGUUGUAUAUUAGAUGUUAGUUCUAGAUUUUUCCAUUAAUUCACGCUUCACUGUUUUAUUCCAUUUAUAAGUUAAGUCUUCUUAUUAUUUAGCACC